AUGGUUUAUUUAGAAAAACAAAUGCUAGAAUAUUUAAGGACCCAAAAUAGUAAUAAUCAGAUGAGGUCGUUUGCAGUACGAACCCCAUCUCAAAAGCCGUUUACCUCUAUAUUCUAUAGACGUCAUUUUCUUCACGAUAUCUUUCUAAUGGUGUCCGGAUCAUUAAGCAACUUUUCUUCCGCAGUCAACAAAACUGCAGGAUCUACAAAUGCAUUAUGUGAACUUGUAGAAAAGUCUCAAGACUUUCUGAUUCGUAAUGUUCACUCAUUAGACUUUAUUUUGGAUGACUUUGAUAUUGUUAAAUUCGGGAUUUUACAUGCAGCUGUAAUACAUGCCAAAUAUAUUUCACAGUCAGUUGUUGAUAAAGAGUGGCUAGUAAUCCAAACUCAAAAUCUCUUCAAUCUCUGUAACGCGGAGUCUUUGCAAAAAAUUCCAUCUUAUGUCCGUGUAAUUUCACAUGAAUUUACGAACUGCCUGAUUAAUAUGGGAAUUCCACACAAGGGAAUUAAUUGUAUGCUCACUGCUAUUCACAAACUUCAGAAAUGUCCGGGAUAUCUUACUCCACUGCACUGUGAUCUAUGCCAGCUUGGAUUAGCUGCUAAAAUGUUUAGUCCCACUCUUCCAAUUCUCGAUAUCGACAUUUUAGAAAUUGAUAAAAGCAGUACAGCCCUUGAAGCUAAAGAUUAUCUCCUAUACUUUUACUAUGGAGGGAUGAUUUAUGGCGCAGUAAAAAAUUGGGAAAGAAGCCUACACUUCUUUGAAUUGUGUUUAAUUAUCCCUGCCGUAUCAUCAAGCUGUAUUCUGAUUGAAGCUGCAAAAAAGAUAAUAUUAAUCUCCUUGAUAUUACAUGGGAAAUUCAGUACAGUUCUUGAAACUCCGGUUGCAUAUUUCAUGUCUCCAAGGCCUUGGAAAUGCUACUGUCAACCAUAUUUAGAACUAGCAACAGCAUUUCGAUCUAACAAUCCUGAGGACUUAACUAAUUUUGUCGAUCUUCAUCGAGAAUUAUUCACAGCUGAUUUCAACUUCGGACUUGUAAAACAAGUGAUAAAGUGCCAUGGAAAAUUUCGUAUCCAGAGCUUAACAAAAACUUUUAUGACACUAUCCCUGACCGAUGUUGCCAUGCGUAUAAAACUUUCGGGAACUCAAGAAGCGGAGAAACAGAUCUUAGAUAUGAUUAAUUCAAAAGCAAUUUUUGCUAACAUUGAUCAACAAAAUGGGACUGUUCAUUUCCUAGAUGAUCCCGAGCAGUAUGACUCGAUCAAAAUGCUUCGAAUUCUUCAGGAAAAAAUAACAGAAUGUGUGAAUUUGGAGAAGCAUUUUAUGCAGUUAACUGACCGGCUAGUGACAAAUCCAAACUAUGCUAAACGAGUAAGUUAGCGUUACAUUUUAUUUAGUACAAAUUAGAGAUCAUUUUUACUUAUAAUGGACAUGGUUCUAUGCAUUGUUAUAUUAACCAAAUGUACACAACUCAUUCGUACAUUAUUAAACUUCAAACCAUAUAUUGCUAGUUAUUUAGAGAUUAAUAAGUCUGUCUACCACAAAUAGGUUCUAAUACAAACUUUAUUCUCAAUCCAUGUAGCUGAAGGGUAAACUAAUAUUAAUUAUGUCACAUUUUUACUUGAGCUGAUGGUUCUGAUACGUUUGAACGGAUAUAUUCGUAUGAGUAAUUUGGUACCUCAUAAAUUUAGACAUUGGGACAAAAAUCUUUCUAAAUAACUGACUCUUUUAUAAAUAUGUUUACAAAACAUCAUUCUUUAGUUCAGCUAACUGGCUACAAAAAACGAUUUUCUGUGGUAUUCUUUUGCACUAAGCAUUCAAAUUACAACUAAAUAAGACUACUAGAGUUAGUACUUCAGAUUGAGGCGCUAGAAAAUGUAAACCCUUAAAAUCCUGCAAAUUCUCUUGCCUUUCUGUACUUCUCUGUAGCUUACGAUUUACGAACACGUAAGUCCUAGAUACUAGGUUUUUAAGCAUGUAACCACAUAUGCGUUCACGUUUGUCGACAUCUUUUGUGAAGUUAAUAUCACGGUUUUUCACUUGAUAUCAAAGCUGUUUGACUGUUU